AUGCAAUUAACGGGAGAAUUAAAACCGAACGUGUCGGUUGCUGCGCAACAACAGCAAGGAAUGUUUUUCAGUCAGCAAUCGGAUUCGUAUACAGUUUCACAAUCUCAAACGAUUAAUUUCACGCAACAAAAUCUUCGUGGACGAGGUGUCGGAACCGUUUCUCGUCCGGAACAACAACAUAAAUUACUUCAGCAGCAGCAGCAGCAACAACAACAACAACAGCAAAUGAUACGAGCGCAACAGCAACACAUGGGCAUAAGACCACCGCCGCCGGAAUACAAACCUUCUCAAUCUCAAAUCAUUCAUUCCAUUCAACAGCAGAGGUUUACGGCGACGUCGACGCGGAGACAGGGACCCGGACAACAACCCAUGCCGCCCUCAGGUCCAAUGAUGAGGCCUCAACACGGGGGAGGAGGAGGAGGAGGAGGAGGAGGAACCGUUUUUAUGGGUAAUCAAGGAAUGACGAGAAACAUAGCGCCGAGCGGUUACAUUCCACGACAGAGACCGCCGAACGUGAGCGUCGGACCGGAUGGUAUGCCAAUGAGUAAUCGAGGAGGUGCCGCAGAUUGGAGGCAUAUUCUAAUGUCACAACAACAAAACAUUGGCCUAAGUCACGUUCGACCAUUUUCCACUCAUCAAGGUAACUUUGCCGCCGUUCAAAACAAUCCCGCCGGAAUGCAGAUGCAUCAACAGAUAAGAGGUCAAUUGCCCCCGAGGGGUUCUGGUCAAAUGCAAAUUUUACCUCAAGAUCAAGUUAUAAUGCAAGGGCAACCAAACAAUCCGAAUCAAACAUCGAAUAUUGGGCUGGUGGUACAGGUAUAUCCACUAAAUUUUAUUUAA